AUGGGCCCUGUGCACUGGGGGCUUCUGCUGAGUUGCCUGGGCUGCGGAAUCCUGCCUGGAACCUGGGCCCAGUUCCCCAGGGUCUGCAUGACCUUGGGGGGUGUGCUGAACAAGGAGUGCUGCCCACCUCUGGGCACCGAGCCUGCCAACAUCUGUGGCUCUCAAGAGGGCCGGGGACAGUGCACAGAGGUGCUGACAGACACCAGGCCCUGGAGCGGCCCUUAUGUCCUGCGAAACCAGGAUGACCGUGAGCAAUGGCCGAGGAAGUUCUUCAACCGGACUUGCAAGUGCACAGGAAAUUUUGCUGGCUAUGAUUGUGGAGAUUGUAAGUUUGGCUGGACUGGCCCCAACUGCAACCAGAAGAAGCCAUCAGUUGUUCGGCGGAAUAUACAUUCCCUGACUCUUCAGGAGAGGGAGCAGUUCUUGGGUGCCCUAGACCUGGCAAAGAAGACUGUACAUCCCGACUAUGUGAUCACCACACAGCACUGGCUGGGCCUGCUUGGACCCAAUGGAACCCAGCCACAGAUCGCCAACUGCAGUGUGUAUGACUUCUUUGUGUGGCUCCACUAUUACUCUGUCCGAGACACAUUAUUAGGUCCAGGGCGCCCCUAUAAAGCCAUAGAUUUCUCACACCAAGGGCCUGCCUUUGUCACCUGGCACAGAUACCAUUUGCUGUGGCUGGAAAGAGAUCUCCAGAGACUCCUUGGUAACGAAUCCUUUGCUUUGCCCUACUGGAACUUCGCAACUGGGAAAAAUGAGUGUGAUGUGUGCACAGACCAGCUGCUUGGAGCAGGAAGACAAGAUGACCCAACUCUGAUUAGUCAGAACUCAAGAUUCUCCACCUGGGAGAUUGUAUGUGAUAGCUUGGAUGACUACAACCGCCGGGUGACUCUGUGUAAUGGAACAUAUGAAGGUUUACUGAGAAGAAAUCAAGUAGGAAGAAACAGUGAGACAUUGCCAACCUUGAAAAAUGUGCAAGACUGCUUGUCCCUGCAGAAUUUCGACAACCCACCUUUUUUCCAGAACUCUACCUUCAGCUUUAGGAAUGCCCUGGAAGGGUUUGAUAAAGCAGAUGGAACACUGGACUCUCAAGUUAUGAGCCUUCAUAAUUUGGUUCACUCCUUCCUGAACGGAACGAAUGCUUUGCCACACUCUGCUGCCAACGAUCCUGUUUUUGUGGUAUGUUCAGAGACACAGAGUAGAUUGAAAAAAAACACCAACAACGUUCUAAAUAAUAUACUGAAAUUAAAAAUAACUAAAGAGUCUUCCACUGCACACAUAUUGGUCCUCCAUUCCUUUACUGAUGCCAUCUUUGAUGAGUGGCUGAAAAGAAACAACCCUCCUACAGAUGCCUGGCCUCAAGAGCUGGCACCCAUCGGUCACAAUCGGAUGUAUAACAUGGUUCCCUUCUUCCCGCCAGUGACUAAUGAAGAACUCUUUGUAACUGCAGACCAACUUGGCUACAGUUAUGCCAUUGAUCUGCCAGUUUCAGCGGAAGAAAGUCCAGUUUGGACCACAACAUUCUCAGUGGUUACGGGAACACUGGUGGCUCUGGUUGGUCUCUUUGGGCUGCUGGCUUUCCUUCAAUACAGAAGGCUUCACAAAGGAUAUGCACCCUUAAUGGAGACACAUCUGAGCAGCAAGAGAUAUACAGAAGAGGCCUAGGCUGUACCCACCUUCCCCUAGGGAAGAGGCU